UUGAUGUCAAGUGGAAUUUGGCAGAGGGGUGAAGAAAAAGAUGGUGUUUAUGGUUUUCUAAUAGAAGACAUCAGGAAGGAAGUAAACAGAGCUUCUAAGCUGAAAUGUUGUAUUUGCAAGAAAAAUGGUGCUUCAAUUGGAUGUGUAUCCAGCAAAUGUAAACGAAGCUAUCAUUUCCCUUGUGGAGUUCAAAAAGAGUGUAUUUUCCAAUUUACUGAGAACUUUGGGUCAUUCUGUUGGGAUCAUCGGCCUGUUCAAACUACACCAUCUGGUCAUUGUACAGUUUCCUCACAAUGCACUAUUUGCUUAGAAUAUAUUGAACAUUUUCCAACUUAUAGCAUUUUGGGAAGCCCUUGUUGUAAAAAUGCUUGGUUUCACAGAGAUUGUUUACAGGUUCAGGCACUCAGUGCUGGAAAAUUUUUCUUCAAGUGCCCAUUAUGUAAUAAUAAUGAUAAAUUUCAGAAUGAAAUGUUGAGAAUGGGUAUUCAUAUUCCUGAAAAAGAUGCAUCUUGGGAACUAGAAGAAAAUGCAUAUCAAGAACUUUUGCAACACUACCAACGUUGUGAUGUAAGAAGAUGUCGCUGCAAAGAAGGGAGAGAAUAUAAUGAACCCGAUAGCAAAUGGGAAAUAAAACGCUGCCGGUAUUGUGGAUCUAGUGGAACACAUUUAGCCUGUUCCUCAAUAAGAACAUGGAGGCAAAACUGGGAAUGCUUUGAGUGCAGAAGUAUUAUCUACAAUUCAGGGAAUUUUCAAAGACCAAAAAAACGUUCUCUACCUAACUCGGAAAAUAUUGGAAUUACUAAUUGCUUGCUGGAACAGCCUUCUCCCAAAUUCUCCAGACAGUCCCCUCGAACUCAGAACAAAGAUCUGCUCAGGCAAGUCACCACAUUGAAAAGAGAUAUUUCUAACAUAUUGAGAGAAUUAGGAUACCAAAUUAAGCAAAAAACUCGAAAACUCUCUAUCAACAAAGACAAUAUCUGGGAUAGUACCAUAAAAGGAUUCAGAAGGCGAAACUUUAAUCCAUCAGACACAAUUGAGGUACUGUUCUGUAAUGGAAAUGAAAAUAUUAUUGGAUCAAAGCAUGAAUUCUUAAGCCUUUUAAUGGGACAUCUUGAGAGCUCAUCACUGUUUGAAGGGUCCAUGUCAAAGAACUUGUCCUUUAAUUCUGAAGCUCUUAAAGAGAAUCUCUACUAUGAGGCUGGUAGGAUGAUUGCCAUUUCUUUGGUGCAUGGUGGUCCACCACCUUUUUUGUUUUCUAAAACAUUAUUUAACUGCCUUGUUUAUGGACCAGAGAACACAGAGCCAACUCUUGAAGAUGUUGAAGACAAUAAUGUGAUAGAAAUAAUAACCAAGAUUAAAAGUUCAAAAAAUUUGACUCACUUAAAGUCAGCAGUACGUGACUGCUUUGAAUACCUCUGUCAAAUUGGAUGUCUAAGACUUGUAACAAUGCUAAGUGACAAGGAUACGUUAGUAAAAGACAUACUCACCUCUCAUGUAAUUAAAAGAGUUCAGGCACCUUUGGACAGUUUUCAGGAGGGUUUGAAAACUCUUGAUGUGUUAGAAAAAAUGCAGAAAUAUCCAGAAGCAUUUUAUAGUAUCCUAUGUCACAAGCCUGAGAGACUUACAACCAAAAUCCUUAGUGAUCUUUUUACUAUGCACAUGUUGUCUGAAGCACAAGACACCAGAGCUAUGGGGUUUUGGAUGAGUUACUUGCAGGAUGUUGAAAGUGGUGAAUCUGUAGUAACAUUAGAAGACAUCCUUGUUUUUGCAACAGGUUGCCGCUCCAUUCCACCUGUUGGAUUUCAACCUACUCCAUCAAUUAAAUUUUUACCUGCUGAUUAUCCUGUUGGAAGCAAAUGCUUUAACAGCUUAACUCUUCCAAUAACCAAUACAUAUGAAGAAUUUCAAGAAAACAUGGACUUUGCCAUCAGAAAUGCCUUAGGACUAGCAAAAGAAAAAAAUUACUACACUGGAUAUUAA